GGAGCACGACCCGCCCCUUUCUAACAAAACACAGCGUUGCUGCUUCUCUAAAGGCAACUAUCGCACCGACUCCAGUUCUCGAUACGGAGAAAGAAGAUGGGCCAGGGGAACGCAUGAGAGAGAAUGUACUUGAUGUACUGCAUCACUGUUGAAGUUAUUAAGUAAAGCAUACACCCAUUCCAGGAUGGAGGCCACCACCAUACUGCCUGUGCUGAAGAAGAAGUUGGCUUUUUUGUCAGGAGGUAAGGACAGACGCAGUGGUUUGAUUCUGACCAUCCCACUAUGCACGGAGCAGACCAGCAUGGAGGAGCUAAGCACAACUCUUGACUACCUGCUGGGCAUUCCCAGUGAGAAAUGCAAAGCUCGUGGGUUCACCGUCAUCGUGGAUGGCAGGAAGUCUCAGUGGAAUAUAGUGAAGACAGUUGUUCUGAUGUUGCAGAACGUGAUCCCAGCCGAAGUGUCUCUGGUGUGUGUGGUGAAACCUGACGAGUUCUGGGACAAGAAAGUCACCCACUUCUGUUUCUGGAAAGAGAAGGACAGGCUUGGCUUUGAGGUGAUUCUGGUGUCUGCAAAUAAACUCACACGAUACAUCGAGCCAUGUCAGCUCACAGAUGAGUUUGGCGGGAGUCUGACUUAUGAUCAUUUGGACUGGGUCAACAAAAGACUGGUCUUUGAAAAAUUCACAAAGGAGUCAACGUCACUAUUAGAUGAACUUACUGUCAUCAAUGAGAAUGAGAAAGGAUGCCAGGCAGACAAGGAGAGGUCUUUGGAGAGCAACAUUCUGCCUUCAUUUGAUCCUGAAACAGUUCUUCAGACUGGACACGAGUUGCUCUCAGAGCUCCAGCAGAGGCGUUUUAAUGGCUCUGAGGGGGGAGGAGGUGGUGGUGGUACGACCUGGUCGCCCAUGGACGAUGAGCUGCUGGCUCAGCCUCAGGUGAUAAAGCUUCUGGACUCUCUGAGGGAGCAGUACACCAAAUACCAGGAGGUUUGUCGGCAGCGAAGCAAGCGCUCCCAGCUAGAGGAAAUCCAGACCAAGGUCAUGCAGGUUGUGAAUUGGCUGGAGGGUCCUGGCACAGAUCAGCUCCGCACACAGUGGGGUAUUGGAGACUCCAUUCGCGCCUCUCAGGCCCUGCAGCAGAAACACGAAGAGAUUGAAAGUCAACACAGUGAAUGGUUUGCCGUUUACGUUGAGCUCAACCAGCAGAUCGCCGCGCUGCUGAGCGCAGGAGAUGAAGAGGACCUGAUGGAGCUCAAGACUCUUCAGCAACAGCUCAGCGACGUCUGCUACCGACAGGCCAGCCAAUUAGAGUUCAGACAGAACGUCCUGCAGUCUGCACAUGAGUUCCACAUGACCGCACAGGACUUGUCUCAGCAGUUAGACGGGCUACUGGGCAUGCUCUGCGCAGACGUCGCCCCUGCAGACGGAGCUGCAAUCCAGCAAACUCUAAAACAUCUGGAGGAGAAGCUCAAGAGCGUAGAGGGUGCCUUGCAAAGCCUGAGGGAAAAAGGCCAAGUUCUGCUUGACCAAAUGUCUACCCAGACAUCCUUUUCGUAUGGGAAGGAUGUAACUAUUGAGAACAAAGAGAAUAUCGACCACAUUCACAGCGUGACGGAGGAUAUGCAGCUCCGCAAACAGAGGUGUGAGGACAUGGUGGAUGUCAGGAGACUGAAGAUGCUGCAGAUGGUUCAGCUGUUCAAGUGUGAGGAGGAUGCUUCACAGGCUGUUGAGUGGCUGGGAGAGCUGCUUGACGCUCUGUUAAAAACCCACAUCCGACUGGGGGAUGAUGCGCAGGAGACCAAAGUGUUGCUGGAGAAACACAAGAAGUUUGUGGAUGUUGCUCAGAGCACAUAUGAUUACGGCAGGCAGCUGCUACAGGCCACAGUGGUGCUGUGCCAGUCUCUGCGUUGUACCACGCGUUCAUCAGGGGACACGCUGCCCCGACUCAACCGGGUGUGGAAGCAGUUCACGGUCACAUCUGACGAGAGACAACACAGGCUGGAGAUGGCCAGUGCCUUCCACACUGCAGCGGAGAAGAUUUUGAGAGCGAGUCCUGAAUCAGCGGAGAUGAUGGUGGAUUUGGAGACAUAUGAAGAGUUGGACGCAAUGGGAAAAUCUCUGCUGGAUAGACUCACUGUGCCCGUUAUUUUUCCUGAUGGGAGCGAGCAGUUCUUUGGCAGUCCUGGCGAUAUGGCCUCUUCCGCUGAAAGCAUCCGCGACAGAAUGAAACUAGUGGAAGAAAAGCGAUUUUUACAGGAAGAGGCUGAGCAACGGCUUGAUGAUGAUGCUCUGGAGGCGGGGCCCAGGGAAACUUGAGGAUCUGAUACCCUUCACGGCUCCUCAUGGGAAAAAGCGUGGUUUGGCAACACGGCGCCUGAUCCUCAAGUGCCAGUUCAGAAGUGACCCCGAUCACCCGCCAUUUCUGUUGUACUCCAACUCACCGUGCCAUCUUAACUUACCGAGCGCAGUUAAAGAUAGACACCCGCAGGCUCGCGUUGCAUUGCUUGCGUGGACAGCUGAACUCUAAACCGAACACAUUACUUUGAACUUUCACCUCCCUAUGAAGCUUUACCGUACCUGUCGCCUUGCUCGUCCUCCGGUGAGGCACCCUGAGCUUGUGAUGGUGCUACUGAGCCUAUAGAAUGUACAUAAAGCGGCUUCUAUACCCCUAUUGGUACCUGGUGCUUUAAAUUUGUAUGCCUUUCCUGAUUGACAGAAAGCAAUGUAUUUUAUAUUUCUUUUAAGUUGCUUUCUGUUAACCAAAUCCUUCGCCAAUAUAAAGAUCCGUGAUGGAGGCCAUUCGGCUCAGACUGAAGAUGGUGUGUGAAGACGCCAUACAGUACAUGACAGAACGUCAGAAACUAUUUUACUUCAAGCUAAAUGGUACAAAACAAAAGCAGAGCUUUAUAAGUCAAUGUAGAAUUGUUGUUUCGAGCUUUGUUUUGACAGUGAAAUGUGAAAUGGAAUUAUGUUUCAUCUCAUAAUACGUCAGUCUAACGCGUACGCUGCUUGCAUAUGGAUGCAUGUUAUCAAAUAUUAAUUCCAUAUUUAUUUUAUUUUCCUUUGUUGUUUUUUACCUUGACAUGCCAUUUAAAUUGUAUAAUGCUUUCGCCAUUUUAAAGGCUAUAGUGUAUUUUAUGAAAAAAAGUUGUAUAAAAUAAAUGUACAAAAGGUUGAGUAGGAGGUGACCGGAGAUGAACGGUUGUCUAUUUUACUGCACCAUAAAUUUAGCAGGUCAUUACCAUUUACAGGACUUUGGUUACCUGGCAUAUGCUUUGCGUAAACCUGCCUCAUGGUUCAGUGCUGUACAGGAAUAUUCAAGCACCCAUUUAAUAAACAUGGGAAAUACGUUUCAUGAUUUUGUCGACUUUGUGUU